GGUCAGCCCAUUAGUGCAGGGCAAGGAUUCAUUGGUUGCAUUGGAAGUGGGACAAACGUUCAACUCAGAGAAAGUGGACCUGGGACGUUUUUUGACAUUAAAAACUGUACUCUUGAUAACCAGCAAGGAUGCCCUGAUAAAGGUUAGCAUCAGUGACAAAUUUUUUGCAUUAUUAUUCAUUCAAAAUAUUUUCCAUAUCUGAUUGGCAGAAAUCCCCCAGCUAAUUUUAUUCUUCAUAUAAAGCAGCUGGCAUUUUCCAAAUUUGGAAGGUGUGAGCAACAUACAUUGUACAGUUCCAGUUUCAGUUUCAGUUUGUUUAUUUACCAGAAAAAAAUACAUAUACAUACAGACAUCCAGUGACUAAAAUGUUAAUUAAAAAUUAAACACACAUGAAUUAUAAGUUGUAAAAGAAUUAAAAGUAUUUUUCUGGUGAGGAAGCUAAAAUAGAAACCUUGGGGCUUAUUAUAUGAGCCCCCUCUCUAAGACUAAAUAUUAUGAAUAAAUAAGGGGCGAAAUCAAACUGAAAUGUAAUUAGGAUAAAAAGCAAGCAAAUCAAAACAGACAAAAAGCGGCAAAAAUCAAGUACUAUUUACAAGUGGUGAAUCAGCUAAGAUCAUUGAAUGAUGGUUUACUUGCUUGGAAAUGAGGUUGAUCAAUGGUAUAUUUGUGUGGAAACGAGGCUAUUUGGGAAACAGUUACACUGGAUUUAUGGGUCUUUCUUCACGUAACGUCAUCAAAAAAGAAACAAAGGAACCAAAAUAAUGUUAAAGUUCUCCUUGGGGCUUUAUUGUUUGGUUGUAAUAGGGAGCUUAAGCAGCGACGUUUUUGAGCGACGCACGUCAACCGGAAGUGAGGUAUUUUCCCUCUUAACAUGCCUUGAUGAUAUAAAAUUUGUAUUCCUUAGCUUCUUUACUGUUAUAGAGGCGAUUUGACUGAAAAUUUGUUUUCCGGUUGACGAAAAACGUUGCUGCUUAAACAAACAAAAAAACACACGGAAAAGCGAAAGAAAACGAGCAAAAAUAUUAGAGCUAUGAAAACGGAAUCCAAUAGAAAAUACAUAAAGAACCUGUCCACUUUAGAACUUACAAAUGAUCAGGAACCAGCCUUUGCUUGACUGUUUGGAAAUGGUCCGGUGAGAGUCGGUACCCAGGGGCUCUUCCGCUCGUGCUUGAAAACUUUCCUCGCGCCUUUUCUCCCGACCCGACUGACUGCCCUGGGUCUCUGAGGAUGCAGCACGUAUGGAACGUUGCCAUUGCAAUUUUGUAAUUUCACAUGCGCAAUUAUAAAUUAAUGCUGAAAUUUAGUGCUAGAAUUAAGGAGUAAUAUGUCACCCAUGAAAUGAGAUUGAUAACUCUUCUGCGCAUGUUGACUUGCAGUUUGCCCUGCUGGUUUUACUGGAGAUUACUGUGAAAUCAACAUUGAUGAUUGUGCACCGUUUCUAUAUCAUCACUACAGUACAUGUAAAGACCUCAUUGGUAAUUACAGCUAUGUAUGUGGGCCUCGCUGGACUGGCAGACACUGUGAUAACUACUUAGGACCUUUAUGCAAUUCUUCCCUUUGCCAAAAUGGAGGCCACUGUAGAGAAACUGCCGACUUGAAUAACUACACCUGUACAUGUGUUCCUGGUUACACUCGGAGGAACUGUGAAGUCUUAUUUGAUCCUUGUGACAGUUCCCCAUAUCAACAAGAUGGAACAUGCUCUAAGCUUGGAAGUGAAAAUUUCCAGUGUUCCUGUCCAUCAGGUUAGUCUUCAAUUACCAUUUAAACUGUUUUAAACUUAGAUACUGUAACUCUUCACUUGGCUGUGUUCUAAAAAACGGCCCAUUUUGUGGUUAUUUUUCACGAUUUUUUUUUCUAAUCAUCAUUUGUCAUCAAAAUCACCUCCGAAACUGAGCAAUUUUUAAAGAGUAAUCAGUCUGGUAUCAAAAAAUGUCCGACCUUUUGACUAUGUGUUUCUGUAAUCAGAUUGAAAAAUCAACUGAGCAAUCAUCGAUUUUAAUUUUCAAAAAUGGUGACAUUUCUAUUUUUGCCUUUCCUUUGGCAAAUCAGUUAUUUUUUUUUGGCUGUGGCUAUAUGGCGUCUGGUAGGUCAGCGGAAGAAAAAAUCAAAUUUAGAACCAAUUUUGUGCGCGGGAUUUUUGUCCCCACACUAAACCAUUAUAAUCAUUUCAAGGGACAAAUUCGCGGAAAAAUCGGCCGAUUUGCUGUUGGAAUUUCGCGGGUUUUCAGGGCAAACUUCACCAAAAAAAUAGCAAUCGGUAAAAAACGGCCCAUUUUGUGGUUAUUUUCAAGGCAAAUUUCGCUAGAAAUCAAUCGGUUUUGCGCUGAUCAGACCAGCGUUUUAAACGUUUUUCUAACAGAGGUCAUCCUUUGCUCUUUCAACAACAAUAUGCUCCAGAAAUGAACCAAUGGCAAAGCCUUUAACAUUAUGGCUAGUGCCCAGUUUUUCACGACAUAAUCUACGCCUGGUAGUUUCGGGACUUUGUUUGCACGUUUCAGUGACGAGGUCCUAAGAUAAAUUUGCAAGUUUACGGCAAGUAAAUAGCCCCUAUAGCUGAAAUAAGUUCAAAUAUGUUGUACAGACAUGUAUUUGAUAAGAUUUCUACCGAAUUUCGCGGUUUUUGUGGUGUUUUUGUGAAUUUCGCAGGAUUUUGCGGCUCCGCGACUGCGCGAAAUAUCAGAAGCCCUGUAA